GAAGUGUAGUGGAGCUUGUGUGUUCGUGUCUUUAUUCAUAAAGUAAAAUGGCUGAAGCCAGAUAUUUUCAGGAUGAUUUCUCUUGUCCAGUGUGUCUGGAUCUCCUGAAGGAUCCAGUGACCAUCCAGUGUGGACACAGUUACUGUAAGAUCUGUAUUACAGACUGCUGGGAUCAGGAGGAUCAGAUGAGAGUCUACAGCUGUCCUCAGUGCAGACAGACCUUCAGUCCAAGACCUGCUUUAUCUAGAAACACCAUGCUGACUGAAGUGGUGGAGAAACUGAAGAAGAGGAAACGUCCUGCUGACUGUGAUGCUGGAGAUGGAGAUGUGCAGUGUGACGCAUGUACUGGAAGAAAAUACGAAGCCGUCAAGUCCUGUCUGAUGUGUCUGAACUCUUACUGUCAGAAUCACCUCGAACAACAUGAGAUUUGGUUUAGAGGAAAGAGACACAAAUUGACUGAAGCCACAGGACGACUGCAGGAGAUGAUCUGCCAGAAACAUGAGAAGCUCCUCGAGGUUUUCUGUUGCACUGACAAAAAAUAUAUAUGCAUGCUGUGUACGAUUAUUGAACAUAAAAACCAUGAAGUUGUAUCAGCUGCAGAGAUGACGGCAGAGAAACAGAAGCAGCUGAAGGAGACGCAGAAGACGCUCCAGCAGAGAAUCCAGCAGAGAGAGAAAGAUCUUCAUCAGCUGAGAGAGACUGUGGAGUCUCAUAAGCGCUCUGCACAGACAGCAGUGGAGGACAGUGAGAGGAUCUUUACUGAGCUCAUCCACCCCAUUAAGAGAAGCUGCUCUGAGCUGAUACGACUGAUCAGAGAUCAGGAAAAGACUGUAGUGAGUCGAGCUGAAGGACGACUGGAGCGACUGGAGCAGGAGAUCAAUGAUCUGAGGUGGAGAGACGCUGAGCUGGAACAGCUUUCACACACACAGGAUCACAUCCAGUUCCUGCAGAGUUUCCAGUCUCUCUCAGCACCUCCUGAAUCUACAGAUGGAAAUAAGGAUCCCUUCCCUCCUCUCGUCUCUUUUGAUGGUCUGAGAGAAUCUGUCCAUCAGCUGAAAGACAAAUUGGAGGAUUUCUGUAAAGAGGAGCUGAAGAAGAUCUUAGACAGAGCCACAUUCACCAACAUUGUUCCCAGAACCAGGAACGACUUUCUACAAUAUUCCCAUCAGCUCACUCUGGAUCUGAACACAAUGAAUAAACACCUCCGUCUAUCUGAGAAAAACAGAGUGAUUACUGGUACUGACACAGUCCAGUCGUAUCCUGAUCAUCCAGACAGAUUUGAUCAUUAUCGUCAGGUGUUGUGUAGAGAGAGUGUGUGUGGACGCUGUUACUGGGAGCUGGAGUGGAGUGGAGAUAAUGGUGUGCGUAUAUCAGUGUCAUAUAAGAGCAUCAGCAGGAAGGGAGGGGGUGAUGAGUGUUUGUUUGGAUUUAAUGAUCAGUCCUGGAGUUUGAUCUGCUCUUCCUCUGGUUACUCAUUCAGACAUAAUAACAUACACACUGUUCUUCCUGUAGAGUCAAUCAGCAGUAGAAUAGGAGUGUUUGUGGAUCACAGAGCAGGAACUCUGUCCUUCUACAGCAUCUCUGACACAAUGAGCCUCAUCCACACAGUCCAGACCACAUUCACUCAGCCGCUCUAUCCUGGGUUUGGGUUUUAUAAAAGAGCAUCAGUGAAACUGAUGUCCUGCUGAGUGACCAUGUGUCUCUGUGCUUUUCACAACCUCUAUUUGUAUUGAUUUAGUUGAAAUGUAGUGUCACAUCAAUCAUUUGUAUUAUUUAGGGAUGCAUCGAUGCCAAUAAUGGUAUCAAGCCCAAUACUGAGCUCCUGUACUCGUACUUGUACUCGAUAAAAUGCCCUGAUACCAAACACUGAUAUCACACAGCAUGUGAUAAGUGUUUUGCUUGCUUGAGUGUUUCUGCAUUAUAUAGAGUGGCUUUUGAAUAUAAAUCACAGCACGUUUCAGAUUAAAAAAAAAAAAAGAAAAGAAAAAAAAACAUGCGUCUUCUAUUUGUGAAAAUAUCACAGGAGAUUUAUAACGAGUGGUUCACUUCAUUAUUACAGCAAAGCGCGUACCCCUAUUUUUGCCAAAGGUGGCCCACAUUUGGUUGGCACUAUUUGUGCCAUUAUCCCUGUUUACCACAUGGGCCACUUCAGGGUCACAUUCAGAUUACACAUGGCCAUAAACACCUCAUCUUUACCUACAGAGACCCACAUGUGAUUUGAUACAUUUGGACUAUUUUUGCUGUGUUACAUAUGGGCCCCUUCAGGCUUACAUCCAUUUUUUUCGGGCCAUAAGAAGGGCAGCAGUGCCAUAUCAUUGCCUUAUUCAUUGCCCAUUCACAUGUUAUCUGGGCAGGCCGAAUUAACAAAGAA